GAAAACAAUCUGGCCACAAGGUCCACAGCUGUCGGUCAUAUCUCAUGAUCUUUAUCAGGAAAACAGAGACUAAAUGGACUCAGCUGCAGUUUUCAAGGUCAAGAAUAAACUUUGAGUCUCAAAGAAGUUUUCAGGCUGCUCAGAUAAACGUAGAAAUGUGAACAUCUACAGUUGCACAAGAUCAUGUGAUAUGAUUGAAAGCUCCACAGCAGCUGGAGUGACCUUGUGGUGAGAUUGAUUUUCAAAUGUUCUUUCCUUGUUGGUGUUUUUUCUAUAAAUUACCACAGUCUCAUACCAGCAAUAGUGGAAAGAAAUAGUAAUAUUUUACUAACGAAACUGCAGUCCGAAUGAUACGUAAGUAUGGCAAAUCUUGUUACCAAAAUGUACUGAAAGUGUCAAAAGUAAAUGUUAUUUAUUAUGUAAAACGUCCCUUAUCAGAAUAUAUCUGUGCAUAUAUUAAAUUAGUGGGAUUCACAUGCACAGCUCAUCUGCUCUGAAAAUUUAUUGUAAAAAAGAAAUAAAACAAUAUUUCAAUUUGUCAGCCCAUUUAUAGUGCAUUUAAAGUUAAAGGGUCUUUAUAAUUUAGAGUCAAGAUUAUUUGUAUUAUGCUUAGUAUUGUAGGGUCUUAACUCUUAUAUUCAAAUUUGUUACAUAAUUUUGUAUUUCAUUUAAUACUGUAGGCCUUUAACCUUCCAUCCAUCCAUUCUCUAUACACCGCUUUAUCCUCACUAGGGUCGCAGGGGGUGCUGGAGUCUAUCCCAGCUGACUCGGGCGAAAGCAGAGGACACCCUGGACAGGUCACCAGUCUGUCGAAGGGCUACAUAUACAGACGAACAAUCACACUCACAUUCACACCUAUGGGCAAUUUAGAGUAACCAAUUAACCUCAGCAUAUUUUUGGACUGUGGGAGGAAGCCGGAGUAGCCGGAGAAAACCCACACAUGCACAGGGAGAACAUGCAAACUCCAUGCAGAAAGAUCCCAGGCCCACCCCGGAUUCGAACCAGGGAUCUUCUUGCUGUAAGGCAAAAGUGCUAACCACUACACCGCUGUGCAGCCCGGCCUUAAUAUUUAUAUUUCUCAGGUAGAUUUUCAUAAUAAAUCACACUGUAUGGUCUAAAAGGUAAUAUUUAAAUAAUUAAAACUGUAUGAUUAAUAAAAUUGUAGGGUCCAAACCCUAAUAUUCACAUUAAUCAGGCAGAUUUCCAUAAUUAACAACAUUCUAAGGCCUCAUUAAAACAUUAGUCAGAAAAUUUAAUUCAAUACGUAUUAUUCAAAUUAAUUUCCUAAAUUCUCUGACACUUAAUAUUCAAAUUGUGGAGGUUAAUUUGUAUCAUUUCUAAGAUUGAAAUGUCUUAAUUUUAGUCAGUAAAUUUGUAUUAUAUAGAAUAUUGUAGGGUCUUACCUGUAAUAUUUAUUUACCUUGGUAAAUUUACAUGACAGAUACCAUUGUAGAGUCUUCGCCCUAAUAUUCUAUUUUAUUUUAUUUUUUUUUAAGUGCAGCAUAAAUAAACUCUUUAAUAUUACUUUUACUCUCCUGCCAGUAAAAGUGCUGCAUUUGUACUUGGAAAUGUGUGUUUUACAGUGUUGCAUACUAUUGUAUGAUUGCCUUUUAUAAUAAUGUGAAUUAAAAAGAAUAAUGUUCCGGCUGAGUUAUGAAUAUUAUAAAUGAGUUUAAUGUUGAGUUCAGGUUGACUCCACAGUAACCGGUGGAUUAAAGGAGCGGAGUCCCGGCCGGUGAUGCGGUUUGACAGACAGGGGGAGAGAGAGAGAUCCUCCACCGGAGCAGGAAGCUGCUGCUGCCGGACCGAACAGGAGACACCGGAGCCUCGAACCAGCAACGACAUCAGCGGGCAGCAGGCAGACGUGGAGCGGGUUAUCCUCCAUAAUGUAGACCCGACACACCGCCACAUCCAGCCUACGAGUCGACCGCAUGUCCGGGGCGCGGCGCUGAGCACAAAAAAAGCCGAGCUGGGAGCGUUGUCGCACGGUGAAAAUGAAGGAGCUGAAGGGCUGCGGUAUGCGCUCCUCGGUGGGCUUUCUGUCCCGUAGAGAGCUCACUGGGCAGCCGCUCAUGAAGGAGGAAUUUCAGCGACGCAGGCUGGCGGGCUGCACCAGCCUCUACAAGAAGGACAUGCUCGGACAUUUCGGCUGUGUCAACGCCAUUGAGUUCUCCAACAACGGCGGAGAAUGGCUGGUGUCUGGAGGAGACGACCGCCGGGUGCUUCUGUGGCACAUGGAAAAAGCCAUCCACGCUCGCUCCAAGCCUGUGAAGCUGAAGGGCGAGCACCUCUCCAACAUCUUCUGCCUGGCCUUCGACAGCACCAACAAAAAGGUCUUCUCUGGAGGAAACGACGAGCAGGUGAUUCUUCACGACGUGGAGAGAAGGGAAACUCUGAACGUGUUCCUGCAUAUCGAUGCCGUGUACAGCCUCUCCGUCAGCCCGGUUAACGACAACGUGUUCGCCAGCUCAUCCGACGACGGCCGGGUUCUGAUCUGGGACACUCGCGAGCCGCCGCAUGGAGAGCCGUUCUGCCUGGCCAGCUACCCGUCAGCCUUCCACAGUGUGAUGUUCAACCCCGUGGAGCCCAGGCUGCUCGCCACGGCAAACUCCAAGGAGGGAGUCGGACUGUGGGACAUACGCAAGCCACGCAGCUCUCUGCUUCGUUACGGAGGCAGCAUGUCCCUGCAGAGCGCCAUGAGCGUUCGCUUCAACAGCACCGGCACCCAGCUGCUGGCUCUGAGGCGCCGCCUGCCGCCCGUCCUCUACGAGCUGCACUCCCGCCUGCCCAGCUUCCAGUUCGACAACCAGGGAUACUUCAACUCCUGCACCAUGAAGAGCUGCUGCUUCGCCGGAGACAAAGAUCAGUACAUCUUGUCUGGCUCGGAUGACUUCAAUCUCUACAUGUGGAAAAUCCCAAAGGAUCCAGAAGCAGGGGGCCCGGGUCGAGUGGUGAACGGUGCGUUCAUGGUCCUGAAGGGUCACCGAUCCAUCGUGAACCAGGUCCGCUUCAACCCUCACACCUACAUGAUCUGCUCGUCCGGCGUGGAGAAAGUCAUCAAGGUGUGGAGUCCCUACCAGCAGCCCGACAGUCUGGGUGAUCUGGAGGGUCGUGUGGAGGAUAAAUCCCGCAGUCUCUACACCCAUGAGGAGUACAUCAGCCUGGUGCUCAACAGCGGCAGCGGAUUGUCCCACGACUACGUCAGCCAGUCCAUCCAGGAGGAUCCUCGUAUGAUGGCCUUCUUCGACUCUCUGGUGCGUCGGGAGAUCGAGGGCUGGAGCUCGGACUCUGACAGCGACCUGAGCGAGGAGGCCAUCAUGCAGCUCCACGCUCGAGUUCGUCGCUCCACCAGAGCAACGCCGGCGGCUCCCAGCACCGCCUCUGCUGCCGGCCACCACAGUGACUCUGACAACUCCUCAUCCUCGUCGCUGGCCGGACCCGACGCCUCCGGAGGGGAAGAGCCAGCCGGAGAGGACGGCGAGGAGCAUCCCAGGAGACGCAGCAAACAUCCGCGCCACCAGUCUGGCUUCCUCGUCAACGAAGACUCGGACUCUAGCGAAUUCUGGCUCGACCCGAUGCCCCGGCCUCGAUCCCCGAGCCCCAGGGACAACUCCACGCUCUCCAGCCCCACCUCCUCGCUUCCUGCCGGAGCCUCCAGCUCGUCCACGUCCACCUCCAGCUCCAGCAGUGACGACGAGGAGCGACGCAGCGCGGUGAGGCGGCGCAACGUCAUGAGGCGGCGGCGCAUGCACGUGGUCUCCAGAGCCGGCGACCGACCCGAGUCCGUUCAGGGUCUGUUCUCGGCCAUCGACUCCUGCAGCUACCCGUCGAUCGCCAUUGAUGACCUGUCUUCCUCCUCGUCCGGCGAGGAGCAAAACUCCCUCCAGAUCAAACCUUGCGGCGCCGCAGAGGAGGAGAAAUGCCUGAGCCCUUCGGACUUUGUGUGUCUGAGCCCAGUGAUGUCCCCCGAGAGCCACGAGGACGGCAGCGACAGGACUGAGCUGGACAGACUUCCAGCGGCGUCUCUUGGGUCUUUGGAUGAACGCAGGACUGAAGGCAGAGCUGCUGCAGAGCCGGCGUUCGACAGCUCUGAUAGCGGGGAGGCGUGUGGCAGCUCGGCGGCUGCAGAUAUGAACUCCCAGAGCCGGCUGAGCCCCGGAGUGAACGGUCGGCACCGGACUGUGGCAGCAGCCGGCGGACACAUGAGCGAGAACCAACGUGUGUCCUCAGAUUCAGAAGAAGAGACUGAAAGUACACCUGAAGACGGCAGGGCUCAGAGAGAAAAAGCUGCAGCUGUGAAACGGACUCAUGUGGGCUCAGACGAGGGCGAAUCAGGCUCGUCACCCUCGGAAAAAAAGCUAAAGACAUAAUUGCACCUUUUUUCUCAUCCUGGAGAGAAAUCAUUUGUUAACGAACUUCAUUUAGGAAGUGGGUUUUUUAUGGGUUUGUACACCUCAGCUUUUUCAUUUUUGCUCGUCUCCUGUGACACCGGAACUGAAGACUUAAAAACAAAGUGUGGUUAACUUUUGUUUUGAGAACAGAACGAUUUGGACAGUGUCAUCAUUCUUUAGGUCGAACCACAGAUGACUUUAAUAAAUCUAAAAACAGGAGCUGAAUGCUGUUGAUAACGACGGUAUUGAGUGAGACGCAGUAAUUUUCUUGCUGCGUCAGUGUUUCUCUCUCUCUGGUCUGGGUGUUGCAGAAAGCUCCACACAGGAUUUGGAGCUCCUCCAACCACAACAACACAAAAAUAAAAAGGCUUUUAGGUAGGGCAGAAGCUUUGCAGCAUUUUAAUUUGUAUGGUUUCACACUGAGCGUAAAUCUGAUUGGGUUUGUUCUCAUUUUUAAGUGAUUCUCAGCUGAGACUGCUUCAGGGCGCCUGAAGAAUUGACUCCUUCCACAGAAAUCCCGAGGAGCACCAUUUGUAUAAGCUGCAUUGAAACGAUGCUUUCAGUGUCUCUACCGACUGUUUUUUGUGUCUCAUUAUCCAGCCCCUGGGUAUCAUUACAAGCUGGCUCGCUUUGUUUUCUCGCAAUUAAAGAAUAAUUUGUUCUCCAGUGA